UAGGCGUACCAUGUCAAUCAAAACUACAUUCACCUUCUCUAUCAAACGUUUCCCCUUUCCUGAAAACCCUAAUUAACAAUUCCCAAUUUCCUCAAACCCUCGCAAUAAUUUACAUCCAUGGCGAACGAACAAGAAUUCGAAACUCAAACACUAACCAAUUCUCAUCACACAAAACCCAUCAAUGGUCGCUUUACACCUGAUAUCCUUGUUCUCAUCUGGGCUCGUCUCCCAAUCAAAUCCCUUUACCAAUGUCGUUCGGUUUGCAAAUUCUGGAAUUCUCUCAUUACAUCCGACCCGCUUCUUUCCGAUCUCCGCCAUGAAUUCCGACACGUUCCCUCUCUUACACCACCUCCGAAUCUCCUCCUUUUUCUCCGCCAUCUCUCAAACGAACCCGUUAAAGUUCCGGAUCGUCCAAUUCUGCUCUCAAUUCGACCCUUUGAACUUCUCAUCAAGUCUGAUGAGGAUCCAGUUAUCCGGUCGAUUAAAAACGGAUUCACCCCAUAUAAUGAUUAUACUCUCAAUAUUGUCCCAUCAAAUUCGAAAGGUCCAAUAAUUUGUAUCUCCGCAGAUAAUUACUUUUAUCUAUGUAACCCUAGUACCCAAGAAUUCUUCCGUCUCUCCCCGGGGAAAAACGGUAAUUUAACCACUUCGAAUGCUGCUUUUGGGUAUUUGGAUGAUUUGAACCAGUAUCUACUUGUCGGGUUAAAAUUUGGUGAGAAAUCUGAGAUUUUUGAGUUUGGACCGUGUGAAGCCGGGUCUAAUUCGUGGCGUCAAAUUAUCCAACAAUGCCCAGUUAAGACACGCGGGUUCGGGUUAAUGGUGAACCGAGUGUUUUACUGGAAAGUUUUGGAUGAUACAGGUUUUGUGGUGAGUUUAGAUAUAAAAGAAGAAAAGUUCAAAGUAAUUCAACCACCGAUAGGGAAUGAAAAUGAGGUAAUUUUACAUGAUUUAUUGUACUUAGUUGAAUUUAAAGGGUGUUUAUGUGCUGUUGAUAAUUUUUCAAAGCCUCCAAGGAUGCAAAUUUGGAUUUUGAAUGAAAAUAAGGAGGGUGAAUUUAAUUGGGUCAGGAGAAUUAAUAUUUUUAUUUCCGGAAUGGAUAGAGAUAUAGUGUACCCAUUUUGUAAUUAUGAGGGUGAAAAUGGAGCAGAAAUUGUUCUGUGUAAUGAUACAAGAAGUAGGCUUUAUUGUUAUAAUAUGAAGAAUCGAAGUAUAAAGCAGGUUUUUAGGCCUAAACAGCGAACAAAUGAUCGUCUUGGUUUGUAUUCUCCUGGUCUUUUUCCUCUUUCCAUUGCUGUAUAAGGACAAGUUGGAAUGAAGAAUAUAACGGGCUUAGGCCUUGGAACAUAACUGAUCUUAAGCUGCAAUAUGAUGUCCUGUCAUGCUGUUUAGCAGCACAGUCUUUAGCCAACCUCUCAGAGGAAGUGGUGGUGCAAGACGUCUUUGUUUUGUGACCAGUCACGAAUAGUAAAUGAAAUAAGUGGUAGUUUUUAAAUCCUAGCCCUUGAGACUCAUUUGAUUGUAUGUUUCUGGUUUUCUAUGUAAACUGAAGUUUCUCACAGGGCACGCUACUGGUUUCUCGUUAAUCAGAAACUAACACUACGUUUGGAUAAUAUUUUAAUCUUUCCAAUGUUGGAAUGACUUAUGUUGUUUAAAAUGUGAUGUAGUUUUUCCGUCAAAGUUCAUGUACUCCAUUUCCCUCCUUUCUCGUAUUGGUAUCCAAUUGAUGGAAAUACAAUCCCUUUAUUUCUAUCUUCUUUCCCUUUAUUUCCUCCUAUCCAAACAAUAAUCAUUCGUAUCAAUUGGUUGAGGUUGAGCUAUAAGGCUUUGAAUUGAAGUAUUAAAAUACCCAACGGUGUAAAUUUAUGCACUUCUUUUAUGCAAUUGUAUUUUUUAUUGGGAUAAAGUCAGAGAAUCUCCUAUAGCCUACACGCAAAGGAGAAGAAAAAAAAAAUCCUUCUCCUAAAUGAUUAGGAUUGAGUUUUUGUUACAGAAGUGAAAGAAAAGGUCUUUAACAAUUUUGGUGAAGAAAGAUCAUAAUAGUUGACUUAUACAACUACUUUAACACUAUCAUAUACUGGUCAAAUGUGUCAACUUAAUUAGUUUAACAAUCAACAUUAAAUUGCCAAAUACGAAUAAUUAAGGAAGUUGUGCUACUUAACAUUAUUUUCUUUUUUAUUACUUUGUUAUUCCUCUUGUUUUAUUUUCUUCCACAAAUUUAUUUUCUCUCUUCUUCAUUUCAUUUGCAUUUUUAGUUUUGUUAAUAUAAAACUAGAACAUGAAAACAUUGAGAGUUAUAACUAUGGGGAAUCGUUUCUAUGUGAAACAACUUUAAAAUAAGAAACUUAUAUGUUAAUAAUUUAUAUUAAUAAGACUAUCCAAUUCAUAUUAAAGCGCAUUCUCUAAAAAAAAUAUCUCAUACAAGAUUUUAUAUUUACAAUUUAGAAAAAUCAAUAAGCUAUAUAAAAUCCAAUAAAAACGAACACCACAACAUGUGAUAUGGUGUAAAAACCAUCGGUAAAAUGAGUUUAUUUAGAAUGAAUUUAGUGUAAACUUAAAUAUUGAGCAUUAACCCUAAAUAUAACGAAUGUGACUUGGAAAAUAUGAUUAAGUAGGAUAGAGAGUAAAGAAUGUAAACUUUUCAUUGAAAUAGUAUUUUCUUCUUUUACUAUAUUUAUUACAUUUGAUUUUUUACACAAUUUAUUUUAUUAUUUUGAUCAUUUAUUUACUAUACUAUACACAUCUAAAAUCUAAAAUUUAUAAAAAAGUUCAAUGAAAGUAUGUUAUUAGACGAUUCAAAUAAAAUUUCAAUUGACUAUUAUAUUUCUUACACACUUAUCGCAAUAUAUAUAAAACAAGUUUAAUACUCCCUCCUAUUCAGCAUAGGAGUCCCAUUUGACUUUUUACGGAUUUUAAGAAAAGUCAAAAUGGGACCCUUAAGGGUAGGAGAGAGAGUAGUAUUAUGGGUUUUUAAUUGUAAGGAUUAAGAAAUUAAUGAUUCCCACCAAUUUCAAGCACUUUCUAGCCCAAUUUAAAAGCUGAUUUUUUUGGCACCAAAAGUUUGAAUUUUUUUUCAGUACAACGCCAAAAUUACAUCGAUCAUCUAAUUAAGUCCGGAAUUACAUAAUUAAGUCCUACGUUUACAAUAAUUUUUGGAAAUUACAUAAAUUUCUCAAGAGUACUAAGAAAAUUAAAUACAUCAGUUACGGUAUCUCAGAUAGCCUUCUCAAUUCUUCAACAGCUUCGGUGUAGUUGUAGUCGUUACUGAUCAUGUGAGUGCGAAUUUUUUUGCGAUCAUUG